AUGGCGACGACUCCUGCCAGUGGCGGCGAGCUUUCCAUCUCAGUGGAGCCCACGGCGCACGCGGACGCUGCCGGUGGCAAGGUGCAGCAGAGCGAGAGCUGCAGUGCCGACGCGGUGAGGAGGAAGCUGAAAACUCUGAAUAAGAUCGUGUUCUGCGUUGCGUUCCUGGAGUGGGCGGGCAACGCUGCCGGAACUCUGGCCUCCAUUUGGGCCACUGUGGUAUUGCUUGGCGGGUUCUGCUCUCUGCUGAUCCGCGUGGAUUUCUGGUUCGCCACGGUCAUGGUCUUCAUGGAAGGCUCCAGCUGGGUUUUCAUCCGCAACGAUGCCUCGGUCAACCAGCGGUUAAUAUUCGGCUCCACGCGCGCAUUCAGAUGGGAAGAUUUCUCUCUCCCUCGCAUGUUAGUGGGACAAACGUCUGGGAAAUUAAGUGUGGUGUUCAUAGGUGUCGGCGUUGCCUUAGUUCCCGAGUUUCGGCCGGAAAUUGCUUCAAGCAUAUUGAAGGUGGCCUUCCUGCUUAUUGCCAGCCAGUUGCUGACUCGACUACAGAGGGGCUCUUUUGUUCACACUGUCCUCUUUCUUAUGGGGAUUGCUUGUGUUAGUGGAGCCAUGUAUGGUUAUGUCAUAACAGCACCGCAAAGAUCCAAGACAUCCAAGCAUGAUACGCUCGCUUCCCUAAAAGCUACCGGGUUAGCUUUUGCCUGGCUAUUCGGAACUAUGCUUCUGGUAGUGCUGGCCUGUCGAAUCAUGUCCUGUUUACCAUCUAUGAGAAAUUCCAUACCGCUGCUUCGCUUUAAGAUCUUUAUAGCCUCAGCCUUGGCAUGUCUGCCCUUCCUCCAAGCAACAUUAGCUUCUUAUUACAGAUACUUGAGCAUAUCAGUCGCUGUAACGCUACUAAUGGUUAGCAACGAAGUGUUUUGGGGAGCAGAUCACGAUGAUGAUAGCUCCUCGGGGACUUCGGAGCGAAACAACAAUAGCCCUCCAGAGACAGAGACCUCGGAAAAAGAUAGUAGCUCAUCCUGCUGUGGCCUCUUCUUGCAGAUCGUCGAAACAAUCCUGCCCAUACUCUUCUUUUGGAGCGUGAUGUUCCCAUUACCUGGAAUAUCCGUCUCCCUUGCGAUAUCAUUCUAUAUGUUGUUCUCGGUGACAGCAGGGGUGCUGAUUUCCAACUUGCAGAUCCCAGUGGCACUCCUGCAGGUUCUGCAUUCGAUUUUGCGCCUUCGCAGCCUGCUAGGUCAUCACCGCCAUGACUAUACCCCCCUGCCUGAUGGGGCAAGCCCAAACUUGGUGCCAUCCAUAGUACUCUUCUUCAUGCUGGAGCUAUGCCAAGGGUCAUCCUAUAUCCUGGCAGUCAUCCUCGGGUUCAUCUCCUUCCUCCGUCGCAUAUCGCUUGCCCGUGACUUGGGAUUCAAACAAGAGUGGGGAGCCAAAGCUAUCAGCCUAUACUUCCGCCAAGCCUACCUGGCACGCAUGGAAACGGGACUUUUUUUUCGUCAAGAAGAGAAAGAGAAAUACACACCCAGCCUCGACCUCGAGAGCUUCGCCAUCCAGUCCCUUGGCUGCACCUCAAGCCAUGAAUUGCAAAUUGUUGGGCUGCGGAUUCUCGACAACAGCCUGCAACGAGGUGACUCCGAAUCCAAUAAGAAGCUCAUUACAGAAAUAGUCAAAGAUGAGAAAAACAUCAUCACUAAUAUCAUAGGGCUUAUCAGCUGCUAUCUCACCGUCGAGGAAAACAGUGGUGGCCGUGGCCUACAGCAUCAGCAUCACAAAAAAACGAUGAUAGAGCAGAUGGAACAGCAUCACAAAAAAAGGACAGAGCAGAUGGAAGUGGCACGAUUGUGUUUGGAGUUUGUGAGGACGAUUGCUAUCAACGGUGGGAAAAUUAGCGCAAGGUUUCGCAAGGAGCUGUCGGAGAACCCCUUCUUUCUGGACAGCCUCGAUCUUAUCUUGAACUUUUGGGGCUGGCGAGUAGAUGAUCUACGGGAGCAGGCGCUGGGUAUAGUAGCAACGCUGGCAGUGGAUGAGGCUGCAAGGAAGGAGAUUGGGAGCAACCAAUCCAUUAUUCCCAAUUUGAUACAUGAAUUUGAGAUUGAGCCCAGCAUGUACGAUGAUCGUUCAUCACUACGAACGGCUGCAGGGGAAGCACUGGCAAAUCUUACAAUAAAUAGCGCGGACAACUGCUGGGCUAUCUUGUUGGCGGACCCAGAGCAUAAUCUUUUCACGAAGCUCAUCGACAUGCUUGAUGAUGAGUACUACAUGUGUGUUGCAGCAAAUCUACUCCAUAAUCUUUGUGCAAACUCCAGAGACAUGCUGAUCGACCUUGGUGCAAACGUGAACCUGGAAUCUGCCCUGUCAAAGGCAAUGGCAAUUAUCAGGACUAAUAAAGAGGGUAAACAAUUGGAGGCCGCACUCUGUGUCGCUUCACAAAUUGGUUAUGUGAUCCCUGAAUACGUUGCCCAGGAGCUUGAUCCCGAUACCGAUUCUGCUGCAGCGGAACAACUUGUAACAAAGCUUGUGGAUACUCUCAAAUCCAACAGGGAGCCAUGUCUUGAGUACCCAAGGAUGAGAAGGGUCCUUGUUGAGAUGGUAAUAUCAAUGGUGGAAUUGUGUCCUGGAUACAUAAACAUCUUCAGAGAAAAGGGCGCCAAGGAUGUCCUGGACAUGGUCAAAGCAACCCCAUCUAGGUUGGAAAAAUACAGGGUCUUCCUCGAUGGUGAAGGAGUGGUCCCGGAGAGCUUAAGUAUGCGUGACCUAGUUGAUAACGCCAAAAGGCUAAUUUAUGAGGCAACCCCAACUCCUGGUAGCCAGACAUAA